CUCACCGCAAGAUCUCUUCGGAUCAUAGUGCAAUUCAGCUGGACUAUGCUAUCGGGGCCUGUCUUCAAAUCCACAUUCUCACUCAUUGAAUGAGCGUAAGAUCCUGGGCGCAUACCGCAACACUGUCGACAACACUCAGGGCGCUUCUGAUCCCCACCGGGACAUUUGCUGGGACGGAUGUCGUGACAGGUUUCAGAUGGAACUGUGAAUUGCAGGGGCUUCGCUGCUAUAAUCAGAACGGGUCUCGAGAGGCUCAUCGUACCCGACAGAUCCGAAAUGGCACGGUUUGGCUCCGAUUGUGUGAGCAAAAACACAACACACAAAGAGUGCCAACCUCUCGCAACAACUCCCUUUCGAAGCUUGGUAGAGAAUAUCCGCAAGUUCUCGCUGCCGUAAAAUCAACCCUUAAAUCCGUCAACUCAUCUGAUCAUAAUCAGUCCCCCCCCCCCCAAAACGGCUGCUAAAAUAGUGUCUAUCAUAGUGGAUCGGGGUGAUUGUGAUGCCUACAUACCUAAUGUACGUG